CAUUUUUUAGCAAGAGCCUGCUGUCAGAAUACAGCAAGUGGUUUUAGUUAUUCGUUCAUUUGGUGCUCAGAGAGGUAAUGCCAGCCCAAAAAAUUACGACAAGGCGUAGUUAGGGGCGUAAAAUGUGUAUUACACCUUACAAAAGGCAAUGUGAUAAAAUCAUUCCACUAGCAUCAAUUCGGACUUUUGUUCCGAACUGACGGUUGAUCGUGUGAGAGAAUUUUAGUUGUCAUGAGAACUUGAAGUGUUAUAUGAUUUGUGUUCUGUUUAAAAAUUGUUUACGCAUACGGUCUGUAUAUGAUAUAAUCUACUUAAACGGGAACGAAAUCCCAGAUUUUCAUGGAUCCUACAUGGAUUGGGCGAUAUUUUCCGUUCCCAUAGAUAUUCCGCGGCAUAUGUUCCGUAGUCAGUUUCGUAGUGUCAGUGCUUGUAGUUUGUUUAUAAGGAUUUAGAAUGGCGAGGCAACUCGUCCCUGGUCAACAAAAGUUGGCAGAAAAGUUAUCCCUUAUUAAUGACAGGGGUACUGGCAUGCUGACAAGGAUUUACAACAUCAAAAAGGCAUGUGGUGAUGCAAAAUCAAAACCAGGAUUUUUAUCUGACAAGACAUUGGAAUCUUCAAUAAAAUAUAUUGUUAGACGAUUUCCUAACAUUGACAUAAAGGGAUUGCAGGCAAUCACACAAAUCCGCAGUGAAAUCAUCAAGUCGUUAUCACUCUACUAUUACACAUUUGUUGAUUUAUUGGAUUUUAAAGACAAUGUGUGUGAACUCCUGACUACUAUGGAUGCUUGUCAAGUUCAACUUGAUAUUACUUUAAAUUUUGAGUUAACAAGGGCUUACCUUGAAUUGGUAGUCACAUAUGUAACUCUUAUGAUGCUUCUGUCAAGGGUUGAAGACAGAAAGGCUGUUCUGGGCCUUUUUAACGCUGCCCAUGAAAUGGUACAUAAUCAAAGUGAUCAGAGUUUUCCUCGCCUGGGUCAGAUGAUAAUGGACUAUGAUCCACCCAUCAAGAAGCUCUCAGAAGAAUUUGUGCCUCAUGCCAAACUGCUUGUUACAGCGCUUGUGUCCUUAUGUCCAAUUUAUGGCAACAGAAAUCUUUCUGCAGAAAAAUGGAGGUCAGACCAAAGACUUAGUUUGGUUGGGAACCCAGGCCAAUUGUUGAAACCUUCACAAACUGCUACAAUGUCUUGUGAAUACCUCUCACUUGAUACAAUGGAACGGUGGAUUAUUUUUGGCUUUAUGCUUUGCCACCAAUUUCUAGGGCAAGAUAAGCCACAGGAUUGGCCCAAUAAACUGUGGCUUAGCGCUCUGGAAUCAAGCUGGGUCAUUGCUCUUUUCCGUGAUGAAGUUCUAUUUAUACAUUCAUAUAUUCAAAACUUCUUUGAUGGCAUUAAAGGAUAUGGGAAAAGGAUUUCAGAAGUAAAAGAUUGCUACAAUCAAGCCAUACAGAAAGCUGCACACCGUCAUCGGGAAAGGAGAAAAUUUUUAAGGACAACACUGAAAGAGCUUGGUUUAAUCCUGACUGAUCAACCUGGACUCCUAGGACCAAAGGCAUUAUUGAUAUUUAUUGGUCUUUGUUGUGCAAGAGAUGAAGUAUAUUGGCUCUUGCGACAUAAUGAUAAUCCACCUCAGCAGAAGAGCAAAGGGAAGACGGCAGAAGAUCUGGUUGAUCGGCAGUUGCCGGAAUUGCUCUUUCACAUGGAGGAAUUGCGAGUUCUGGUGCGGAAGUACAGUCAAGUUAUGCAGCGGUACUAUGUUCAGUACCUUACCGGAUAUGACGCCAUUUCUCUAAACCAGAUGGUUCAGAAUCUCCAAGUGUGCCCUGAAGAUGAGAGUAUAAUUCUGUCCUCUAUCUGCAGCACCAUUCAAAGUGUCUCUGUGAAACAAGUCGAAGAGAAUGAGGUGUUUGAUUUCCGAGCAAUUAGAAUUGAUUGGAUCAGACUUCAGGCAUACACUUCUGUGAGCAAGGCACAACUUAUUCUGUCAGAAAAUCGUGAUCUGGCCUCCCUUCUUGACACAGUAGUUUUCCAUACCAAAAUGGUAGAUUAUUUAGAUGAGAUUCUGGUGGAGACAUCAGAUUUAUCCAUAUUCUGCUUUUACAACAAGAUAUUUGAAGAUCAGUUCCACAUGUGUCUGGAAUUUCCUGCUCAGAAUCGUUACAUUGUUGCUUUUCCUCUGAUAUGUGGUCACUUCCAGAGCUGCACCCACGAUCUGUGCCCAGAAGAGAGGCAUCACAUACGAGAGCGAAGUUUGUCUGUAGUGAAUAUGUUCCUUGAUGAAAUGGCCAAGGAGGCAAAAAAUAUAAUCACAACAAUAUGUGAUGAACAAUGCACAAUGAGUGAUAAGCUGCUUCCAAAACACUGUGCCAUUUUGAUUUCUCAAGUGGUAAACAGAAAGAAGAAGGACAAAAAUAAGAAAAAUGCUCCUGAAAUAGCAAAGCCUGGUGUAGAGAGCUACAGGAAAACUCGAGAAGAUCUCACUACGAUGGACAAACUGCACAUGGCAUUAACAGAGCUCUGUUUUGCAAUAAAUUACUGCUCCACUAUCAAUGUAUGGGAAUAUACGUUUGCUCCGCGGGAAUAUCUUACGCAGCACCUGGAGAACAGAUUUGCACGAGCUUUAGUCGGGAUGGUGAUGUACAAUUCUGACACUAGCGAGAUUGCCAAACCAUCAGAGCUGUUGGCAAGUGUGCGAGCAUAUAUGAAUGUAUUGCAGACUGUUGAGAAUUAUGUUCAUAUUGACAUCACUAGAGUAUUUAACAACGCUUUACUUCAGCAAACACAGUCAGUGGACAGCCAUGGAGAGAAAACGGUAGCAGCCUUGUACACUCAGUGGUAUUCGGAAGUGUUGCUUCGCCGUGUGAGUGCAGGGAACAUCUGCUUCUCCAAUAACCAGAGGGCUUUUGUGAGUCUCACAGCUGAAGGAGCAAUCCCUUUUAACGCUGAAGAAUUUUCAGACAUCAAUGAAUUACGAGCAUUGGCCGAACUGAUUGGACCGUAUGGUAUGAAGCUUCUCAAUGAGACCCUCAUGUGGCAUAUUGCAAGUCAGGUACAGGAAUUGAAGAAACUGGUUGCAGGAAACAAGGAUGUGCUAGUCGCACUGCGAACCAACUUUGAUAAACCAGAAAUAAUGAAAGAGCAGUUCAAGAAACUUCAACAUGUGGAUAAUGUGCUGCAGAGGAUGACAAUCGUUGGAGUAAUUCUGAGUUUUCGUCAGUUGGCCCAGGGCGCCUUGGUUGAUGUGUUAGAGGAACGCAUCCCAUUUCUUCUGAGCUCUAUUCUUGAUUUUUGUCAUCACUUGCCCAGUGGAGAUGCAAUGAUGGUGAGUGAAAUGGCUUCAGCAGCAGGCCUUGUCUGCAAAGUGGACCCAACACUUGUCGCUGCUUUGCGCAAUCAAAAGAAUGAAACGGAUGAGGAUGAACAUUUGUUGGCAUGUUUGCUCAUGGUUUUCGUGGCUGUAUCAAUUCCUAAACUUGCAAGAAAUGAAAAUUCAUUCUAUCGAGCAUCUCUAGAAGGUCAUGCGAAUAAUAUACAUUGCAUGGCAACUGCAGUAAACAACAUUUUUGGGGCAUUAUUUACGAUUUGUGGACAAGGUGAUAUUGAAGAUAGGAUGAAGGAAUUUCUGGCUUUGGCAUCAUCAAGUUUGUUACGACUUGGCCAAGAAGCAGACAAGGAGGUAAUUAGGAACAGGGAGUCGGUUUACCUUCUGCUUGACCAGAUUGUUCAGGAGUCUCCAUUCCUCACAAUGGAUCUGUUGGAAUCGUGCUUUCCGUAUGCUCUGAUUCGAAAUGCCUACCAUGCUGUGAACAAGCAAGAACAUGCCCAGGCAUAAUGGGGGAGCAGCUUCAGACCAAGCAGGAUGCAUGGGAGACUUAGCAUAUGGACCACUACCUGUUGGAAAUCACCCUGCAGUAGCUGUUUGUAGUCUGUCUGAGGAGGUACUGUGUACAAGCGUUAGAUGUGUGGUAUACUACGUAAGUCGAAAGUAAGUAGACAUUGCCAACAAUAAUUAUUCAGAUGAAUGGGACAAGAUCUGAACUUGAUGUCAGUGCACGUUCUUGAAUAAUUGUAGUGUAGUAUAUUUGUGUAAGAGAAAUUUCCUUACAUGCAGUAUAACAGCAAAGACGACUGGCUUCUGGGUUGUUGCACCGUUUAGUCUCUUAGAAGUUUACUGAUGUUUCAGAGGUGCUUACUACCUCCAUCAUCAGGGCAAUGAGUGAUGGGGCAGAAAACACCUCUGAAACAUCUGUGAACUUCCGUCAGAGUACUCGACACAACACAGAAGACAGCCGUCUUCAUACUCGCUGCAUAAGAACACGAGAUCUCAAAAUUUAUUAAUGUCUGACAAGACAUAAUUACAGAUGACAGUAUUAUAAACUCGUGGCUGAUUUUAUAAGGCCAUUACCAAAGUAUUUUUGUCAUUCUAAGCUUAAGUAGAAUGGUAGUUUUUCAUAAAAUGACAAUUUCUGCUAUAGAAAAUUUAGCUCUUCCCAAGCACAAUAAGUAAACAAAUAAAUUAAUAAAGAAUAUUAUUACAUAGAGGCUGCUUAAAUCAGCAUAUAUUAUCUUAUAUAAAAGCAUUGAUCAAGCGCACAUGAUUUUAUGUGAGUUGCUCUCCCUUGAUCUGGUCUAGUAAGCUUGAACUUCACAGUCUUGUUGUGUGGACUGUAUUUACUGUAUACUUUUCUUAACAUGUGUAUAAGCUUCAGUUCAUCUUUUGGUUACAGCAUAGCCUGUUAUAUAAAUAAGCAUUUUUAUGUAACAUUGAGUUUCAUCAACUGUUGCUUGUAUAAUGGCAUCAUAAAAUGUGCCCUAUUUGCUCAUGCUCACACGCGUGCUUAUUUUUUAAUUAGAAAAUUUAAAAAAUCAAGCUUUUGUAUAUAAUUUGCUUCAAAAUAAAUAUAAUAUAGGAAAUGAAAGAAAGAAUAAAAAAUAUGUGGUAGUUUGUAAUGAAACUGACCCAGAUGCACUCAUAUAUUAAAUGAGUCAGAUGACAGUGUGGUCGAGAGGGAAGGGGGGAAAAAAGAGAGAGAAAGAGCCACCAUUUCUUCGCUUCAUGUUUUGCCUUACACUCACGCUAAUUUUAAUAACAGAUAAUUUAAAAAAUACGUGUUUUAUACACAAGUAAAUAUGGUGUAUAAUUUCUUCUAGGUAAAGUUAUUUUAGAAUCUCUCGAGAAAAUAGAUUCAGUUGUCUGUUUAAGACGCUGAUAGCAAAGCUGUUUCCCGAGGUCAUGAAUGUGAACAAAAGCCGAAAUGAAUACAGAGCUACCACAGCACUGAAAAGGUUAUUGCCCCCCCCCUUUUUUUUUU